AUGUUCUUCUCGGCUGCUACUGCUGCUCUUGCAGUUGCUGGUCUAGCAUCAGCUGCUCCAGCCGUCGUAAAGCGUGCUCCUCAGGUCACGGAUGGCGAUAUUCUCAACUAUGCUCUUACGCUCGAGCAUCUGGAGGAUAAGUUUUACCGUGAGGGACUGGCCAAUUUCACUGAAGCAGACUUCGCAGCUGCCGGCUACGACGCAACUUUCUACAGCAAUAUUCAGAAGGUGUCUGAGGACGAGACAACACAUGUUAGCUUCCUGACCAAGGCUCUCACCGCUGCCGGCGUUGCUCCUGUUGCGGAGUGCGAGUAUGCCUUUGGUGUCACUGACGUCGAGAGCUUCCUUGCUACCGCCUCCAUCCUCGAGGGUGUUGGUGUAUCUGCCUAUCUUGGUGCUGCUGCAGAUAUCAUGAGCAAGACAUACCUCACCGCUGCUGGGUCCAUCCUCACUGUUGAGGCCCGUCAUUCCUCUUAUCUGCGCGCGGGUCUCAACCAGAAGCCUUUCCCUCAAGCCUUUGAUGCACCCCUUACCCUUGACGAGGUGUACUCCCUCGCCUCGCAGUUCAUUGUCAGCUGCCCGUCUACCAAUGUGGCAUUGCCCGUCAAGGCGUUCCCCAAGCUCGUGCUUGAUCCUACCACUACGUCUGUCACCGCUGGUAGCACUGUUACCCUCCUGACACCUGAUUAUGUUCUCAAGGCUGCCGAUGGCCAACAGGUCUAUGGUGCUUUCAUUGCCGUGACUGGACCCACCUUUGUCCCGGCCACUGCUGUUGACGGUGGUUACUCCGUCACCAUCCCCGAAGGCUUUGCCGGCCAGUCCUACGUUGUUCUCACUGGCUGUGACGAGUAUGUCUCCGAUGACACCGUCGCUGCUGGUCCUGCAAUCGUUGAGAUCUCGAGCUAA